CUUCUGGCAUUUAUGGGGAUAGGUGGUUCAGGAACACCACAAGAAAUGGUUCAACUGAAUUUAGAUCGCGGACGAGACUAUUCGAAUGCCAAAACCUUGUUCAUAUCGGAUUCGGACAAACGGAAGUACUUUAUGUUAACCCUGAAGAUGUUUUACCCAAACGGGAAAGAUUUGGGCCAGUUUCAUUCGCGUCGAAUCAAAGUGAUAUCGAAACCAAGUAAAAAGAAGCAAUCGCUGAAAAAUACUGACCUUUGUAUCGCAUCCGGCACCAAAGUGGCCCUAUUCAACCGACUCCGAUCGCAAACCGUGAGCACACGUUAUUUACAUGUGGAGGAUGCCAGUUUCCAUGCCAGUUCAAGUCGAUGGGGCGCAUUUACCAUCAACCUGUUGUCUGAUGAUGAACAUGAGGCCGAACAAUUCACUGUUCAAGAUGGCUAUAUUCACUAUGGUCACACGGUCAAGUUGGUCUGUUCGGAAACCGGGAUGGCACUGCCUCGUCUGAUUGUCCGAAAAGUGGAUAAAACCACCGUGCUUCUGGAUGCAGACGAUCCGGUCAGUCAGUUGCACAAAUGUGCAUUCCAUCUGAAAGACACAGAUCGAAUGUAUUUAUGUUUGUCGCAGGAUAAAAUCGUCCAGCUUCCUGCGACCGCAUGCGAGGACAAUCCGAAUCGGGAGAUCAUCACAGACUCCGCGGCCUGGACCAUUAUUAGCACGGAUAGGGCCGAAUAUCGUUGGUUCGAGCCAAGUCAAUUGAACGUGGCCGAAGUGAAAAAACAUGCAGUCGCUGCCGCUGCGGCUGUAACGGCCACAUCCGCGUCCGGAUCUUCUUCGGUCUCGAGCACGUCUGUGCAUAUCCCGUCAAUCACAGGCCCGGUCACCCCAGUCCCGCUGGUUCGUGAUAUUCGAGUGAACGGAGGAGGUGAUGUGGCAAUGAUUGAACUGAUCGGAGAGAAUUUCAGUCCACGACAUCAAGUCUGGUUUGGUGAGGUUCCCGCGCAAACAUUUUACCGUUGUGAAGAGUUGUUACUCUGUUUUGUUCCCGAUAUCUCGGAGUUCUUUCGAGAUUGGACUUACAUACAACAAGCGCUGGAGGUUCCCAUCACUCUGGUUCGUCAUGAUGGCGUGAUCUAUUCGAGCGGCCUCACAUUCACUUACCAUCCGGAAGCUGGUCCUCGACCUCACUGUCAACCUGCGUUGGACAUUAUUAAAGCGGCCACUCUGGCUGCGAUUGCAUCGGCUGCGGCAUCCAAAUUAUCCCCAGAUAAAGUUCCCCCAACUACUGAUCCUCAUUCCGGACCCGGCACAUUGGAUACCUCUGCAUCGAUCGGUGCGCAGUCUGCUUCUGGGCCCUACCCUCCCUAUUCGACUUCCGUCACUGAUAAUCCAGAUCCUAUGCAUUCAUUUUUGUCGCAUCAAGGACGUUCAGGUGAUAGUUAUCAUCAACACAUACAACAGCAUGAUGUGACCACGUCAUCUGCAACAACAGAAUCAUAUGCAUCCGCAUCGACCGAUCAUUUGCGACUUCGUUUCGGAUGUCCGACAUCCACCAGUGCAGACAUUUCCGGCCCUUACAAGGAUUUACACACAUCCCGUCCCUACGCCAACCCCUGGGACACCACAGGGGCCUGCCAUCGACAGCAAAGGCAGCAGCACAACGAUCCACUAAGACACAUCAGUCCACCUCCUUCUCCAAAUAUUCUGCUGCGAACGGGUCUUGUAAAUAUACCUAUGCCUCGAUUUGAAUAUUAA